AUGUUAUUGGAAAAAAGCCUAUUCUUGUUUUGUAAAGUGCUCGUCUUCUUUAUAAAUGCAUAUGGUGCCACUGAAACGAAGAAUACCACCAACGCUUUAGCAGAACAUCAUCUUGGAGGAACUUUAGGAAAUAAACGGGUUAGUUUCUUUAGUCAUUGGGCUAGUUUGCUACAACGAGAGUACCUUUUAAUUUUAGCAGAAGUUCGUUCAUAUAAAUACUCUAACUACAAUACAUAUUGUAUAUGAACGUAAACCUCAUCGGGUUAAUAUAUGAUCCUAACUUGCGUUGCGCGUAUUGUAUGUUUUAAUAAGAACUGACAUUGUUUGUAUUUUCUCGCAAGAUGUCAAUACUGGUACCAAAGCGAAAGCAAGUCGGAAAAACCUUGUGACCUUUUUCUUCGUAAAAUUAAAAAAUGAGAAAAUGUCACAUUUUAAAUAUAAUCUUUAUUAGCAUUGGUUAAUCAUGACCAUAAUCAAAUUUAGUUUGAUCAAUUAGUUGAUAGCUGCUUAGAAGAUUAUUAUAAAAACUUAUUUUACAAGUUGUAAACACCAAUCGAAUUUAGCCAAUCAGAAGCAAACAUGACAAAAAUAGUGACAUGCCAACAUUGGUGUAAAUUUUUGCAGCAAACUAAACUGAAUUAGGCAGCUAAUAUUUGACAGAAACGUGUACAAUAUCACAAGAGCAUUUCCAUAGAUUUUUUUUCUUUAAGUUUUUUUUCUACUUCUGGCAUGGACAAGUAGGGAAAAUCCGUCCACUCCGCUGGAAAAAAAUGCUAUAAAAUUAAUAAAUUACCAAGUUUGAAGGUGAUUUGCUGAAAACUAACGAAGAUGGAGCUCCUCAAAGUCGCGAAAUUUUACAGAAAAAAUUCAGUUCAGUUCAGUUCAGUUCAUAUAUUUUAGUUUGUAUAUAUCAGUUCUCCCUAAAUAUUUUGCCCCCCACCAAACAAACGUCUAUAAAUUUUUGCAACUUUGUGGAGCAGCUAUCGCGUGCUUAUUAGAAAUAUCACUUUCAAACUUGGCAAUUGUAUCAAUUUUAACUGAGGUGCUCUUUCCUGUUGUGUCAAUCGAUUUUUCCUAACAGCUAGUGCAUGUCAAAACUUGAAAAAGCUGUGGAUAGGUCUUUUUUACCCGUAAAGUAUUCUUACUAGCUUCCUAUACCAUGUAUAACAGCGCGCUUUACCCAAGGCUCCUACCAAUAACUAAAAGUGAUUUUGCCUUUCUUUCUUCCUUUCUUUUUUUUUUAUAAAUAGCAAUUUAUUUCUGGCUUACCUCCUCAUAUGUCACCUUGGCAUUUCCGAGCUAUGGUGGAGGCUGGUACCGAAGAGUGUAGCGUCAAUAAGGACUGUCCAAAAGGAAGAUUUUGUGACGUUCACACGUGUAGGGUCUGUGUACACGAGAAUGCAGCUUGCCAUUUUAUAGGUGAGAACAUGUCGGCACCUGUUAAAUCGAGUUAUCACGACGCGACCAUGACAAAUGGCCCUUUGAGCUAUGGCCAUGCAGACAACUUCUCUUAAGAACGCAAACACAUACAAACUUAUUUCUUCAUGGGUUUCGUCCACAAGUGAAGAACGCAAACGAUUGUCUUAAAAGACUCGACCCUCUGAGCAGUUCUUCCUUAUGCGAACAGCCGUGAACGGAUACGUUUGUAUGCAUUUUAUACCAAGUCAAAAACACUCUUGUGGAUAUUGUCUUCUAUUAAUUAAGGGUCAGUAAAUUGCGAAAAUCAGUUCCCCGAGUUUAGUGUAAACUUCAUGAUCACUGCAUGCAACUGUGAAACUUAUACAUUCUGAUCCACAACUGAAAUGUCCUCUGAACUAAAGGACGAAGAAAUGUAUAUAAUAUUUUUUUUCCCAAGGUGUUUCAAGCCGCUAUUAAUUGUUUAUGGUGAUUUGUUCCAUUACUAACUUUCAAUCUUGGAAAACAUCGGCGUGACUUUUUUAGUCCACUUUCCCUGUUCGAUUCUUUUGCUAGCGAACCCAACACUGAUCGUUUUGAUGAUCUAGCUACUAGUAAUCGGUAACAUUUAGCAAGACUAGACCUAGACUAAAAAUCUGGUAGCACUUAGUCUUCGUUACGUUGCUGCUCACGAGAAUUUAAUGGUGCUUAUUUUUGUUUUCUAAACCAAAUUAGGAACGUGUUGCGAGGGCUUCACUUGUCAAUAUGGCCACUGUACUAAAGGUGUAAAGGAAGGAGAGCCCGGAACGUAUUGCGACAGGACCUCGGACUGCCUCGGUAAAGAGUCGUGUUGCGUUCGGGAAAUUUCCAUCAACCCACACACAUCUCUAUGCAAACCACUGCUGGAUGAAUUUGAGUCAUGUGGUCCAAUCAACUUAUUCCAUCACAUUUAUAACGGAGGAAUGGUGGAACCGGACUGCGGGCCGUGCAAAGCAGGACUGCAAUGUAAAAAUGUUGGGUACGUUAUAUGUUGA